UCGAGUUCCGGUUGGUGGUUCCGGAAGUGAAGCUGCCGCGGGACAAAGAUGGUGUCGGUGACUCUCGCUACGUCGGAAUGGAUCCAGUUUUUCACAGACGCUGGUAUACCCCCAGGGCCAGCUGUCAACUACGCCAUUAGUUUCGUGGACAACAGGAUACAGAAAAAUAUGCUCAUGGACCUCACGAAAGACAUCGUGCACGAAUUGGGCAUCACUGUCGUGGGGGAUAUCAUUGCCAUUCUCAAGCACGCAAAGCUGGUACAUAAACAGGAGCUCGCCAAGGAGGCCACAGAGUCCAUUGGCUCCAAUCAGAGCAACUUACAGGUUGAAUUAAAAAGAGCAGCCAACUCUCCCGCCUCUCGGAUGAUCGCUAACAGUUUGCGCAGAGAUUCCCCUCCCUCCACCCCCGCCCGUAGACCUGAGACCAGCACAUCAAAGAUCUCUGUCACCGUGGCCAACAAACUGGCUACAAAGAAAGCAGUUCUGCCCAGACCAGCCGAUCCCAGCCCCGAUGGCCCAGCAAAGCGUCGUCGUGUGACUGCGGAAAUGGAAGGUAAAUACAUAAUCAAUAUGCCCAAGGGGAUCACUGCCAAAACUCAGAGAAUUCUCCAACAGCAAGCCACACAAGCUCAAGCUUUGCCGAGAAUGUCAGUCUUCAAUAGGCUCGGGGCUGAGACCAAAGCUGACACCACGACAGGAAGCAAGCUGACCGGAGUCUUCAGCCGAUUGGGCGAAGUGGUGAGCGAGAAAAAGGAGAGCAGCGGGGGAGAGGAUGAGGAGGAGGAGGAGGAGGAGGAGGAGGAAGAGAGGGGCGCCGUACUGCAAUACGCCGGAGUGUUGAAGAGAAAAAACGGCCACAGCAGGAAGGAGGCACCCAAAGCCCCAGCCCCCAAAGCCAAGCCGCCGCCAGCCGUCACAUCCAUCAGGCGGAUGUCCGUCCCCAAGGCCGUGCGAGAGAGAACUCCCCGGGGUUUUGCCGAGAUCGCGGCCAAACCGCCCCCGGCCGCGGUCAGGCUGGGAUCGGCGGCCGGGGCUAAGGUCAGCCUGCGGCAGAGGCUCGGCCAGCCCGGCAGGGCCGAGACGGACACUCAGGACAAUCAGGUGACCAGCACCAAAGGCAAAGCCCCGCCAGAGUUCACCGUCACCAUCAAGAACAACUCACGGCAGCGGGUUGUCCCCGGGGUCAUCGCCAGCAGCAGCACCGGCAGCGAGGCCCGGGCUGCACAGAUGGACACCACAGGGACUGUCAGCGUGUUUGAGAGGCUGGGCAGGAAAAUGAAAUAGCCGUGGGUUUUUACCGUUGCCGGGCCCCCCCCCCCACCACCAUUUUAAUCCCCUUUCCUCCCCACCCCCACGCGUACGCAUACACAUGCGCACACACAUGGCAGAGGGGUGUUUGCGAAACAGUGCUUUAUUUUUGUAUAUGUGCAAAGGUUCAGUUUUCAUCACAGCAAGUGUGUGGUGUGUGUGUAUAUGUGUGUGGUGUGUGGGGGUGUUGGGAAGAAGGAAAGAGGGUUAAAGGUAGGAGGGGGGCAAUAAUGUAACUAGGGGAAUGCACCGAGACAACAGCAGCAACAAAUUAUACCGUGUGUGGCGGUCUUCAUGUUGGAAAG